AAAGAGAUUCAAAAUUAAUCCACAAAUGUGAUGGUUGUGAGUGAUCAGCCACUCACUUAGGUGAUAACAUUUUAAAAAAUCUGCUACAGCCAUAGGAUUUAUCACUUUAUGAUCUACUGGAAGGACAGUGUGUUCCUUUGACAACGAAUAUGGUCGGAUCUCUUAAAACUGUAAAAUCCAUUCUUGGCAGUAUUCACGGGAUUUCAAAUAUUAUAACUGAGAAAUUAUUUUCCACUUACGCUUUGUUAUAACAUGCAAGCAUAAUUGAGUUACUUGGGGAAGAGAUUUUUAUUUUGGCCAUCUUUUUCCACGUCUUUGUGACAAGUGUUUCUACCUUUCUCAGUGUACGGAGAGUACAUGGGCCUCAGGCUUACAGUUGCACUCUUGCCAGAAUGUUCAGUUGCUUAGGCUAUGUAUAUUUUGUGUGAAGUGAUCACACAACAUGGAGACAUUGCAUGCUCCAGAUUCCAGGACUCCUAUGCAAGCUCCAGUUGAAAGUGCAUUUCCCGUUUGUCAGUGUGCUUCAUAUCAGGGGACCUGUUGACGCACUAGUCUUUUGCAGUGCUACUCCAGUGUGUUCAGGAAACGUCACUAAAUCCAAGGAAAAUUUCUAACCAUUUCUCUACAAACAGCUGCUUCUCAGAGUCUGUACAAACUCUAUAAAAUGUUUGCAUAGGCUAUUGGCAUAUUUUGUUGUGGUAUAUUUUGUCAUUAUGAGAUGUCGUCUCUCAGUGCUUCAUUUGUGCAAAUUAAAUUUGAUGACUUGCAGUUCUUUGAAAGCUGUGGCGGAGGGAGUUUUGGGAGUGUUUAUCGAGCCCGAUGGAUAUCACAGGACAAAGAGGUGGCUGUAAAGAAGCUGCUCAAAAUAGAGAAAGAGGCAGAAAUACUCAGUGUGCUCAGUCACAAAAACAUCAUUCAGUUCUAUGGAGCUAUUAUUGAACCUCCUAACUAUGGCAUAGUUACAGAAUAUGCUUCUGUUGGCUCAUUGUAUGAUUACAUUAAUAGCAACAGAAGUGAAGACAUGGAUAUGGAACAUAUCAUGACCUGGGCAACUGACAUAGCUAAAGGAAUGCACUAUUUGCAUAUGGAGGCUCCAGUCAAAGUAAUUCACAGAGAUCUGAAGUCUAGAAAUGUUGUUAUAGCUGCUGAUGGGGUAUUAAAGAUCUGUGAUUUUGGUGCUUCAAGAUUUCACCACCAUACGACACACAUGUCCUUGGUGGGUACCUUCCCUUGGAUGGCUCCAGAAGUUAUCCAGAGUCUCCCAGUGUCUGAAACAUGUGACACAUAUUCAUACGGUGUGGUUCUCUGGGAGAUGCUAACAAGGGAGGUCCCCUUUAAAGGCUUGGAAGGAUUACAAGUAGCUUGGCUCGUAGUGGAAAAAAACGAGAGAUUGACCAUUCCAAGCAGUUGUCCCAGAAGUUUUGCAGAACUGAUGCAUCAGUGUUGGGAAGCUGAUUCAAAGAAAAGGCCAUCUUUCAAGCAGAUCAUUUCAAUUCUGGAAUCCAUGUCCAAUGACAGCAACCUUCCAGACCAGUGUAACUCAUUCCUGCAUAACAAGGCAGAGUGGAGAUGUGAAAUUGAAGCAACCUUAGAGAGGCUGAAGAAACUGGAGCGUGAUCUGAGCUUUAAAGAGCAGGAGCUAAAGGAACGGGAGAGACGUUUGAAAGUAUGGGAGCAGAAGUUAACAGAACAGUCCAAUACUCCUUUGCUGCCUUCCUUUGAUAUUUGCGCGUGGACCGAAGAAGAUGUGUACUUUUGGCUGCACCAGCUUGUUGGAAAAGGUGAUGCUUCUGGUGAGAUGAAUGUUUAUGCCAACUUGUUUAAGGAAAAUCAUAUCACUGGGAAACGGUUGCUUCUGAUAGAAGAAGAAGAUUUAAAGGAUAUGGGAAUCCUUUCCAAAGGACAUAUCAUUCAUUUAAAGACUGCUAUUGAGAAGUUAACUCAUGAUUACCUAAACAUGUUUCAUUUCCCACCAUUAAUUAAGGAUUCUGCAAGUGGAAAUGAAGAAAACAUGGAGAAGGUAGUGAACCUGGAACUUGUUUUUGGUUAUCACUUGAAACUGGCAAAUGGUCCACAGGACUGUAAAUGGAAAAUGUAUAUGGAGAUGGAUGGGGAUGAAAUUGCAAUAACCUACAUAAAAGAUGUGACAUUCAACACUAACCUACCUGGUGUAGAGAUUUUAAAAAUGACAAAGCCACCAUUUGUAAUGGAGAAAUGGAUUGUGGGAAUAGCAAAAGAUCAGAAUGUAGAAUGUAUUAUUACAUAUGAGGGUGAUGUUAGAGCUCCAAAAACCACCAGACACAUACAUGCAGUUCAAUGGAGUAAACUGAAAGCUCAGGACCAGGUGAAGUCAGUACAGCUCAUGAUCCAGACCUCCCUCCCAAACUCGGAGGGCAGGCCAGGAAGCAGGUCCAGCUCAAGUAUAGAUGUUGAAUGGAUGCACACCCUAAGAAUGCGUCAAAUGGAAAAAAGCACUUCACACCAGCAUUCCAAUCCCCACAGUCCUAAUAGUGUGACACAAUUUUUACCAUACCUUCACAACCAAGACUCCUAUGCUGCUGCUGUAAGACGGACACGAAUUCCUAUUAGCUAUCAGAUUACACCGAUAAAUCAUUCCAGAAGUUCAUCUCCAACCCCAUAUGGAAUGAUGAGAACUCUAUCAUCGCUACAUCUUAAUUCAAAGGGAAGUAGUACCUCUAGUGCAGCUUCUGAUAGCCCUUCAGAAAGGGACAGAUCUGCAGGCAAAAGCAAGAACAGUUAUGGGAGUGACUCUGGACUCUCCAUAAAUGGAAGAUACAGUGGAAAAAGCCCACAAACUGCUUCUGCAGCACAUCGACGCUCUGGAAAAAUAGACAGUUCUUCUCAGUCAACACUCAACCCAUCAAAGUCAUGUGACCACAAAAAGCACACCCACUAUCCCCAUCAACCAAAGUCCAUACCAGGUAUGCCUUUGAAAACAGAAGGCAAACCUAAAGAAAAUGAUGAAGGGACCAAAGUUAAUGAAGGCGGAUGGAUAAAGGUAGAGCAUUCAAAGAAAUCUCAUAGACAGAGUACAAGCAAGUCAACUAAAGAGAGAGCAAAGGGAACUUGGCGGAGCCGGAGAAUAGUUUGAAGAGGGGAGUAGCGGACGUUUUCUAGAGUGUUUUUUUCCUUUAAUUUAACAGAAUUUUUGGUUUAUAUGAUGAAAUCAGAUCUACUGUUGUUUAAAAUGUUUCUACCCUUAGUAUAUGCCUUGUAGAAACAGUACCUCUCACUGUGAUGACAGCCAAACUCUGAAGUAUCUAUCAAUGGCCACUGUUGGGAGACAGGAUACGUGGCUAGAUGGACCAUUGGUCACCCAGUAUGCCUGUUCUUAUGCUCAAACAGAGAGCAGAACCGGGGUUCCACUAGUCACAGCUCCUGCAAAGAACAUCUGUCAGGGACAGCGCCUGGUCGUGAUGUUUUCAUUCCAAAUGUUGGUGAAUUGCAACUGCUUUUCUCUCCUCCCUUUCUCUGCCCGUGUCCCUGGUUGGCUGGGAGUCCAUUACAUUAGCUUAAUCAUUCAAUCAAAACUCAAUAAGAUAACUGUGUAUCAUAACAAAAAGUUCUUCUGUUCGUUCUUACCAAGUGUUGUUGUUAUGACACCCAGCAACCUCAUGCUCUGGAUGCCAAUACUGUGCCCUGAUGCUCAGGAAGAGACCGUUAUCUUAUUUCACAACUCUCGGUACAGAUCUCCCCUCCAUACCCCCCAAUUCUGCUCAAUCUACUCCUGUGCUUCCUCCCUCUGCUCCCAGUUGGCCCUCCACUGAUGACAAAUCCCCACCUCUCCCUUCAUAUAAAGGCACAGUUACCUUAUAUUAGCACACUGUGAGACAUGGAUUUGUCAUGAUCAGAAGGGGGAAAAAAGUGACACAUGUUUAUGCUGUUCUUAAGAGAAAAAGAGAGAGAAAUUAUCUUGACAAUAGCUACAUCUAAUUCUAUUGAAGCCUGUGAUAAUAUUUAUCCCUGUGCAGCAGGCAUUUUUUAAAUUGCAUUUUAAGUGCUAUUUUGUCUUGCAGUCUUCAAGUAGUAAGGAGAAGGUCAGCAAACUUUGUGAUUAAUGUGGUCUGUAACUCCACUGAGAGGAAAGACGCAGCUGUAGGCCUGCUUCUCUUCAGAAAGUUUCUUGUUGACCUUUUCACUCAAAUUGGAUUUCAUGCAAUUAAAAAAAUUUAAGAUUUCCCAAGAUGAUAAAAAAAAAAAAAAAGAGAAAGAGAUUGAGACAGAAAAGGAGCCCAAAGCAAUGAUGGCACAAGCUUGAUGCUGAAAAGCUGUAAAUUAGGGCAUGGCUAUACUUGCAGAUGUAGUGCGCCAGGAGUUAACCAGCCCUCGGAGACAGCAGCAGGGAAAGUGCUGCCGUGUGUUCACAUUGUCAGCUGCAAGCGCGGUGGCAGACAGCAGUGCAUUGUGGUAGCUAUCCCAGUGUGCAAGUGGCUGCAGCAUGCUUUUCAAAUGGGGGGAUGAAA